AUGCUGCUGCGCCCGUACUUGGCCGGACCGCGCCGCCUUCCCGCCAUGCCCAGCCGCCGGUCCUUCCUCUCGCUGCCCAAAAUGCUCUUUUCGCCGGCAUCUGCGCUGCUCAAGUCGCACACGGAGAAGCGCGUUGUGCCUUUUUCGUGCCGCGAGAUGUACGACGUCGUCGCCAACGUCGACGCGUACGCGUCGUUCCUGCCGUUCUGCGUCUCGUCGCGCGUCGUGCGCCGCCCAAACGACAACGUCAUGGAGGCCGAUCUCACGGUCGGCUUUCAGAUCUUCACCGAGACGUAUCGAUCCCGCGUGCUCAUGCACGCGCCGCACAAGAUCCUCAUCACGUCCAUCGAGUCGCCCACGUUCAAGUCCAUCGAGAGCGAGUGGAGCUUCCGCGAGGUCUCGCCGACGUCGUGCGAAGUCAACUUCCGCGUGACCUUUGAAGUCGCGAGCAUUCUGCACUCGCAAGCGCUGCGCCUCUUUUUCGAUGACGUGGCGCGCACACAGCUCAACGCGUUCAUUGGGCGCACGCAAAAGCUCCAGAACGCGCAGCGCUUGGCGCCGCCCUCGGUCGCCUCGCCGGGGUUUCUUGAAGGCAAGAUGACCACCACCGACUUGGCCAACUUGGACAGCGUGUACAAGGCGCACGCAACCGCAAAUGGCAAGGAGCUGCAUUUGGACGCGUUCAUUCUGGCGUGCCAAGGUCUGCAAGCGUCGUCGUGGGUGCAGGCGUCGCCGGCCCGCGAUGACUUUGGUCGCAUCUGCCAAAACAAGAAUUCGGCGCUGGCCUCGGCGCUCUUUUCUACGUUCAUGUUUCACGGCAGCGACGACCCGCGACGCACGCGCGACUGGAUUACGUUUGAUGAGUUUGCCAUUGGGCUCUACUUGACGCUGCACGGGUCCCUCGAAGAGAAGUCCAACUUUCUCUUUCACGUCAUCGACACGACCGGCGACGGUCUCAUUUCGCACGACGAGCUCACGCGCGCGAUGCGCCGCCGCCUCCAA